AUGAAGGCUCGGUCUGAUCAAUAUCGCCGACAUGGUCGAGAAAGACGACGGCGCCACCACAGCACACGCGAUCUAGACGACCUCGAAAGGCAAUUGCCAUAUUAUGUCGCCCCUCCUCCUGUUGUUCACCGCACACUCGUCGGGCAGUAUUGUACAACCGCUGAAACCGUCUCAGGCAUCGCCACCUUCGCUGGAGCCAUUACGUUGUCGACGCAGCUCCUCAUUGAAUGUCCUCAGAGCCGCCUACAGGCCUUGCUGGCACUUGCUUCACAACUGUUUCUUGCGACGCCACUUGUUCUGCUGGGCGUGGUCGCCGUCCUUCACGGCCGCGCAAACAGUCAAGCCGUAAGCUGGGACGAACCGAGCCGCGCCUUCAUCGUGGCCCAAUUCUUGAUCAGCGGGAUCAUGGUUGUGGUCUCGUUCCUGCUCCUCGGCUGUGCAAUCUAUGUCGCAGAAGGGGAAGGGAGCGAACAUGCAAUUGGCCAAUGGGGCCUGGCCUUGAUCAGCCUGACCAUGAUCAUCGUAGUCGUGGCUGUAUGGGUGAACAAUUCCACAAACCGGUUCUGGCGCAGCUUCUUGAAACUCGAUAUCCGCUACACAACGACAGAGAUGUCCGACAGUUAUUCGAUUCAAUACCUGAGAGUAUUCCUUCUGACCUUUGUGCCACAGCUCGCGGUGGUUGGUUGUCUAGUUGGCUUCGGCGCAAGAAGGGCGGCGGCAGCCACGAUCCAGUUCGGCUGCGGGUUCGGAUGA